AGGGCAGAUUCUCUUUCCGGCUGGCGCCACCCAGGUGAGCAGCUUUUACAAAAAUGAAGCUCAACAUUGCCUACCCGGCCACCGGCUGCCAAAAGAAGCUGGAGGUGGACGAUGACGCCAAGCUGCGCGCUUUCUACGACCGGCGCCUGGCCGCCGAGGUUGAUGGCGAGGCUCUUGGCGAGGAGUUCAAGGGCUACGUGCUGAAGAUUGCUGGUGGCCAGGACAAGCAGGGCUUCGCCAUGAAGCAGGGUGUCCUGACCAACCAGCGCGUUCGCCUGCUGAUGACCCCUGGUGACCAGGGCUUCAGGGGCUACGGCCGCCGGAAGGGCGAGCGCCGGCGGAAGUCGGUCCGCGGCUGCAUCGUGUCGCCUGACCUGUCGGUGCUGAACCUGGUGAUCGUCAAGAAGGGCGAGCAGGAGCUGCCCGGCCUGACGGACGAGGAGAAGCCCCGCAUGCGCGGCCCCAAGCGUGCUAGCAAGAUCCGCAAGAUGUUCAACCUCUCGAAGGAGGACGACGUGCGCAAGUACGUCACCAUCUACUCUCGCGAGCGGACGGACAAGAACGGCAAGAAGCACCGCAAGUGCCCCAAGAUCCAGAGGCUGGUGACCCCCGCCGCCCUGCAGCGCAAGCGCGCUCGCAAGAGCCUGAAGAAGCGGCAGCAGGAGAAGAACAAGGCGGAGGCCGCCGAGUACCACAAGCUGCUCAUGCAGCGCCUCAAGGAGCAGCGCGAGCGCCGCUCGGAGUCGCUGGCCAAGAAGCGCGCCAUGCGCAUGGCCAGCCAGGCCUCCAAGGAGGCUUAGUAAGCCUCGGAAGCUGCAGCAGCAGCCUGCGAGCAGCAGCAGCACCUGCCGUCCACCUAUGCCGGACUGUGCGUGCAGCGGCGUUCCGUCGUGGCCGCGGCGACUGCCGCUGCUGCUACAGCUCCGCACUCUCUGCGUCGCUGUUGGUUUGGGGAGGGAGGUUUGAUAUAGCGACGUAGUGGAAAGGUGUCGGUGGUGCGUGGUAUUGUGUGGGACAUUGGGGUUAUGG